AUGGACACGGUGGCGCUCAGAAUGGACGUUCAACUUACACAAGUCCCCUUAGCAGCUCCGCACUUAAUCAAUAAUAUCGACUCUGAAGAGAAGGAACACAUCGACCAACCUGGAAUUCUGAACAAUUCUGACUGCGCAGAUCCUGCUAACCUUACAUUGGAGUCAAAGAAUGUUGAAUUACCCAGAUUCCCUAGCGUCCGAGGGGAAUCGAGCCCAGAUGCUGAGGACAAAACGUCCGUCUCACCUCCUUCGAGUGCCAGUGCCAGUAUUCUCAGUAUGCCGGAUCCACUAUCAUCAUCUGAUACAACCUCAGUCCAGUAUGACACCAUUCACAUAUCUGAUUAUACUAGGCUUCUCGAAUACGAGAGUAGUGUCUCAUCCCCAUCUGUCACCGGCCAUGGAAUUGGCAUUAAUGCGGUUAGUCUGCCGCCCCAGUUCAGGAAUGAACGAUCUAACACCUUUGCGCCACAGCGACUGCCCGAAUCUGCAUACAGAGACCUCUCUGACCAUGAUUUCGAGUCUGAAUCGGAGCCGGAAUCUGAAUCAUCCUUCCCAUCCGUCACCUCUUCCUUUUUCUUUAGUUCCCCUGCGUCCGUUGCCUCACACGGUCCCGGGGAGGACUCACAUGAGGAUUCCAACGAAGACCGGGAGUCUAGAAGUCUACGAGCAACUCAGGAGCUGGUCAUUCCAUCUUUGAUGCUCCCAGAAGCCCUGAAUUUACCGAGUGUUGUUCAUGACUAUCCUUUGGAAACCCCACAUCCUCCGAAACCAUCCAUACCCCACUCUCAGGCUCCUUCAGCAUCGGAUGUUCUUCGUCUGCUCGUGGUUGCACCUUCGGAUCUCCGACGACCUUCCAUAAUGGAAGGUGAUCAGGUACCCUAUCUGUCCCAAAGAGUGAAGAAAGAUUUCGACGAUGUGGUGUCGCAGACUAACGCACUUCAUUUACAUGCGGCAAGAGGCUAUCAGCCUGAACUGCAUUCUGUUGUCGCAGAUCAGGACAUGGAAACAGUACUUGCAACAGUGAUUGACGCGUUCGUCAAGAACGAACUGUUCACUGCCGUAGUAUUAACGUCGGAAAUAUCUCAUGAUGUCAUCGUUCAGAUCAAACAUGAAAUUGCACAAUUUUCCGAGGCUUUAUCACCUCUUGUCCCUGUUAUUUAUCUCCUUCGUGCCAACGCAUCUGCUUUCCCAGACAAGGAAUUGUCAUCUUCCCAGUCGACAGCACGUCGCCUAUCUUCCUCGUUGCAGAAUUCGCCAUUGAUACCAACCGCCGCUCUCAGUGUUUCCAGUGUACAGGAGCUCCAUGAGCUCUUAAUAAGACCUGAUGUAUCACAACGGCUACAGGCAGAAGCUGCCGAGAAAUCUACGAGGUGGUUCGUCCGCAGAAACACAUUCAUGGAAAGUACGCGACUAGAUGAUACAUCCAUUGCGAAGCGUCGUGCUCGUACUCGGGGAGGUCAUGAAGGUGAUGGUCCCACAUUCGGACAAAAUCAAGACAACACGUCCAUUUCAGCGAACCGGCAUGAUGUCAAUUCUGGCGGUGGCUGGAGGCAAUUUAAGGCACAGUGGGAGGCCAGUUGGGAAGACGCGUAUUCUCUGCAACCACGCGAGAUUGGCUCGCAACAAGAUUCUGACGAAGAGCUCCUCCGCACUGCCAGAUUUCAAUCGUCAGACCCUUCUUCCUCUUCCGCACCACGCUUAGGUACACUGAAAGCGCGCAAGCAAUCUCGUCUCAAGAGGUCAUCUUUUGCUCGACCGUCCUCCUCUUCCUCCUCUUCCUCUCCAGUUCCUGCUACAUCCCCGUCGUUGCCCCCAUCGUCAGCUCUUCCCUCGACGAUGCCCUCCUCCCUCUCACUCUCAGAUUCCCUUUUCAUAUCAGCGGAUGAAAUUCCCGAUACGCCCCCUCUUCCGCCAAUACCGCUCGUCAUGGAAUUCCCCUUUCCUUCGUCUACUAUCUCUCUCCGCCCUCCCUCGACCCGUAAUUCCUCUCGUGCACGCUCCCGCGGCCCUCCCUACCACGCUUCUGAGAAAUAUACACCACAUCCGACACCUUUCUUACUCGAUUUCGACACCGGAAGAUUCAAUCCUUUGCAUCUUCCUUCUUUCGUAGCUCUGUCCCUUUCUGUUCUCGCCCCAUUGCGGGGUCAUAUUCGGGCGGCCACACGGAGGAUAUUUUCUGUGUCAUCUAGAGUAGCAAACAGUUUAUCUAUCUCAGGUGGGUUCGAAGACGAGGACCAGUCCGCAGACGACAAGCUUCUGGGUAGUACAAACUCAGUUGAAAGUGUCGAUAAUGAGGUCCCCUCAUCGUCGUCUUCUCUUCAAUUUCGAAAAGGACUAUGGCCAACAGGUAUGGUGCUCGUCGGUGGGUUUUUACUCGGAUUUGCUGUGGGAUAUUUGAGAGGAUUGUGA